UGAACGAGCCCACGGAGUAACCAAAUUUCAUUCCACCAUUCCACGGAGCUUUCCAACGAGUCGAAAACAGAAGAUUGAUACGACGCCGUUUAGCAGACGAAGACUGAAAUGGACGAGGAGCCCAUGCCCGAUUUCGGACCCUACGGGAGAUUGGUAGAAGACGGCCCCCACGAUGGUGGGCCCCGAGUGCACCAAGAUUCUGUGCAUCCAAAACCUACCAGUUCCAGAUACUCCUGCUGGUGGUCCAAUAUCGCUCCUCACUUUCGUCGCCCUUUUGCUCUUCCUCGUCAUCAAAUGGUCUGCCCUCAUAUCCUUUUCCAAGAAUGUAAACCCACUUAUCAAAUGGCUUGCGGUAAAUUUCAGUCCUUUAGAGCUAGCAGCGGCGAUAUUUGCUUCUUUGGCAUUGUUCCCUGCUGCUCUUCUGGAAUCUACGCCAUCCUUGUGGAUUGCCGGAAUUGUUUUUGGGUAUGAGCUGGGGUUCCUAAUAAUCAUACCUGGGAUAGCUGUGGGCGUGACAUUACCAUAUUUCAUUGCUUAUCCCUUCCGCUCUAAGAUCCGAAGAUUGUGGUUUAGAAUUCCAAAAGACGCUUCCAUUGUAAGACUAGCCUUCCAAGGAAAUUGGUUUCGACAGUUUUGUACUGUUGUCUUCAUUAGAAUUUCACCAUUUCCAUACCGAAUGUUCAACUAUAUUGCUAGUGCCACCAACAUCAAGUACAGUGCUUACCUGGUAGGGUCAUUGGUCGGAGUGGUGCCUGAUAUUUUUGCUGCAAUCUACAGUGGGAUUUUGAUGAGGAACUUGGCAGAUGGGGCAAAGGAUCAGCACCCCAUUUCACUGUUGCAGAUCAUCAUCGAUAGUAUUGGGUUCUGUUCAAGCUAUACUGCUAUGCUGAUCAUUGGAAGGCAAAUCAAAAGGCUAGAGGAUGGAGAGGUUAAACAACUAAAAGGGGCAGAGGUACAACAGGCAGAGGCACAAAGGGAAGAGGAUCCAGCACAAUAGAUAUAGAACUCACUAGGUUCAGUUUUUACCUACACCCGGUUCAUGGUACUUGGGGCUGAUCAGCCAAUCAAGUUCCAUGUCUAACAGGACAGGCAUAUCAUUCAUCUGGAUAGUAAACAUGUCUAUAGGUAACAAACACAUAUUCAUGUAUCGUGUUUUGGAUGGAGAUAACAAGGAGAUCAUAUAGCAAUAAAAAUGUUGUCCAACAACUGGAUUUACAAUA